AUGGCAACCAUAGCUCGGAUGCUUGGUGUGACCCCGCGGGUCGUUCGCUGUGCGGGUGCGGAUUGUCGUCAAUAUAUCAGGACUGACUUCGGGGAUGAAGUGGAGCUGUUCAAAGACAAUAAAGAAUUUUGCGAUGGCUGUGCAGCCUCGGAGAGAUGCUUGAAGGAGGAGGUCGUACGCAUGAAGGCCCUGUUUGAGAAGAUGCGCUGCGAGAACUUCCCCGGAUACUGGAAGAAGAUCCUGGGGUUUCCGCUGAGUGCUGCCGAGAAGCAAACAAUGAUCAACUUCAACAAAGUACGUCGCCGCUGCGAUCGUGCGAGGCUUUCACUCGCGAACAAGCGCUUGGGUCUUCUGGAAGCGGCGGAAAAGGCGGGAGAGCUUGCCGCGUCCGAGCGCGCCGCAGUCAAGCAUGCCGCUGUCGAGCGUGCCGGAAUCAAGUGUCCCGCAGUUGAGGGUGUCGCCGGGGCAGCGAGACCUAUCCAGAGCCUUCCCAUUCGACGCAAGCGUGCGAGAUCAGAGUCUCCAGACGCGGCCGCUGGACCAAACAAGCGCGUUCAAUUUGUCAAAGCUGCGACCAAGGGAAUCUUGAAGAGCAAGGACGGUCCCAAGAGCCGGGCUAGGCACAAGGUUUCGUUCAGCCAACCGCGUGAUCCCCGGGAGGUGAAUGGAUAUCGCGAUCAGGCAAAGUACCUCAGGGAUAGUGACGAGUACAGACCCGGUAGCCAUGUUGCCUCUCGCAACUUUACGCUGGUGAAUACCAGUGGAUUCACGCUAAGCUUCGACGACUUCUACUCCGGCAACCAUAUCAUUCCCAACGCUAUCAAUGAAGCCCGCAUGAGUCUUAUGGGUCUGUCCGAUGACGGUAAGGACGACGUAGUCGAUGAGGACGAUGCGAGCUUGCCCAAUGCUGACAACAAUCUACGCCCAUUGAUCGGAGGUCCUAUGGAGGACCUGGCCGUUGUUGGUGAGAAUAAGUCCUUGCCAUGGCUUGACCACCGACACGACGAGGGGGUUGUUCUGAACGACUCUGAUCCAUACGCUCAACUCUAUCGGGAGUUGCAAGACGAUUCCUUCGAAGAUUCCGGCUUCGCAGAGAUCCUGGCUCGCGGCGUGAAUGAGGGGCUUGGCGAAAAUAUCGCGGGUAGAUCGGCACCGACUUCUCCUCUAGCAGUAGCAGCCGGCGAGUACAUAGAUCCGCAGGCAUUGCAGCUCGGCGGUCAGUACGGCUCUACCGGAGGUGAAGGUUGGAUCGCGAAGAGUGGGUUCCCGGUCUUUCAGGGCAGCUUGUCGGUCGUCCAAAAUGGCUCAGGUACUAACGAAAUGCCCCCGGCAUCUGGCAGGUCGGAUCAACUCGACAAGGCGUACGGCGAGAUGGAAGGCAUCGCGAAGGGCCUCGACGGCGAGAAGGUCAUUCGUUGA